AUGUCUUCGUUAGGCAGCCAGUGCAAGAACAAUAAACUCUGUAUAGAGAUGAUGAUGCUUCUCCUGUUUCUACAAACUGGAACUCCAUGCUACGGAUAUUACUCACCGGUUCAAGUGCUAGUGGACUGUGGAGGCUCAUCCUUUUCUUCGGGAGUUUUACCCAAAGAGAAGACUGGUGAAUUUCAUGAAGCUUUCCAAAACGUUAUUCAUUCAAAAUCUCCUCAUGGACUACAACAUAACUCAGGAUCAGACUAG